AUCCCCGCCUCCCGCAUGCGGCGGGGCAGGGGCUCGGCGCCGCAUCCCCCGCGGCCGGUACCGCACCGCGCUGCGCCGGGGCCCUGAGCGCCUGUGGCGGUGCCCGGGCAGCCCCGAAGGGGUUAAGCCGGGACCUGCCGCCGGGACCUGCCCAGCCAGCCCGGCAACUCGGCGGCGGCAGCAGGAGCGGGCGGCUGCGGCCGCCUCCAGCCCGCGGUCACCGGCGACAGCACCGCGCAGGUGCUGCUGAGGCUGUGACUGGGCUCACUCACCCCUUCUCCACUGUUCCCACCUGCCACUGGCAGGUCCCCAGCACGCCACAGCCAUGACGACCUCGGCACUGCGCCGGCAGGUGAAGAACAUCGUGCACAACUACUCAGAGGCAGAGAUCAAGGUGCGGGAGGCCACCUCCAAUGAUCCCUGGGGACCUCCCAGCUCCCUGAUGUCGGAGAUCGCCGACCUCACCUUCAACACGGUGGCUUUCGCCGAGGUCAUGGGCAUGAUCUGGCGGCGGCUGAACGACAGCGGCAAGAACUGGCGCCACGUCUACAAAGCCCUCACCCUGCUGGACUACCUCAUCAAAACCGGCUCCGAGAAGGUGACCCACCAGUGCCGGGAGAACCUCUACACCAUCCAGACGCUGAAGGACUUCCAGUACGUGGACCGUGACGGCAAGGACCAGGGCAUCAACAUCCGCGAGAAGGUGAAGCAGGUGAUGGCGCUGCUGAAGGACGAGGAGCGGCUGAAGCAGGAGCGGGCGCACGCGCUGCAGACCAAGGAGCGCAUGGCCCUGGAGGGCAUGGGCAGUGGCAGCCACCAGGCCACCUACGGCCGCCGGGCGUCCCCCUACGGGGAAGACUACAGCCGGGCACGGGGCUCGCCCUCCUCCUUCAACUCAUCAUCCUCAUCCCCACGGUUUGCCUCUGACCUGGAGCAGGCGCGGCCCCAGACAACAGGAGAGGAGGAGCUGCAGCUGCAGCUGGCACUGGCCAUGAGUCGGGAGGAGGCAGAGAAGAAGCCACUUCCUCCACUUUCCAGCACAGACGAAGAAAGGCAAUUGCAGCUCGCGCUCGCGCUGAGCAGAGAGGAGCACGAGAAGGAGGUGAGGACUUGGCAAGGGGAGAACUCCCUGCAGCAGAGACCCGUGGAGGAGACUGCCCCAGGCAGGGAUGAAGAGCAAGAAGAUAAGAUGAAGAAAAGCCAGUCCUCUAUUCUGGAGCUGGCAGAUAUAUUCGGGCCGGCGCCAGCCCCCUCCAGCCACACGUCUGCUGACCCGUGGGAUAUGCCAGAUAUGAAACCCAAAGUGGAGCUGGCCUCUGCCUGGAGCGGUGCAGCGGAUCCCUGGGUGCCCGUCCCAGACCCUGGUGGGGAGCCCGUCUCCCAGGCGAGCACCUCAUCCCAGCAAACCUCUGCUGGGCCCUGGGACUUUCCCCCCAGCAGCACUGCAGCCUCUGACCCCUGGGGGAAGGCACCCGUGUCUUCUGGCUUCCCUCCUGCAGACCCCUGGGGAGCAGCAUCCCCCCCAGCCCCCCAGGGCUCCGCUUCUACACCAGCUCCUGACCCUUGGGCUGCUGUGCCCGAGCAGCCUCCGACCCCUGCUCCAGGGGGGAACGCUUUUGACCCGUUUGCAAAGCCGCCCGAGCCGCCGGAGCCGGAGCCGCCGCAGCCGCCCUCGGCGCAGUGCAGCAGCCCUGCGGAGCCCGACCCCUUUGGCGACCUAUUCCCCAGCACCAGGCAGGACGGGGCAAAGAGCUUUGACCUCGCCAACCUGGCUGACUCCCUGCCCGAACCCGGCAAGGAGCGGAAGGACUGUAAAACCCCCGAGGCCUUCCUCGGCCCCGCCGCCUCCUCCCUGGUCAACCUGGACUCCCUGGUCGCACCCACCCCGGCCUCCAAGACUCGCAACCCCUUUCUCUCGGGUCUGAGCACGCCGUCCCCCACUAACCCCUUCAGCCUCUCCGAGCAGCCCAAGCCGACGCUGAACCAGAUGCGGACCAGCUCUCCCGUGCCCGGCCUGCCCGCCGGCCACCCCGCCAACUCCAUGACCUACAGCGCAUCCCUGCCGCUGCCGCUCAGCAGCGUCCCCGCCGCCACCGCCGCCCUCCCCGCCUCCGCCAGUGCCUUUCCGCAGGCUGGCACCUUCCCCGAACUCCCCAGCACCUUGCCACAGCCUUUACUGCCGCUGAGCGGCCCCCCGGCCCCGCCGUCUGCGCCCGGGGGGCUCAACCCCUUCCUCUGAACCUCUGGACAUGUGGACUUUCACCCCUCCCCAGCUGUUACAGUCCCCUCCGAUCUUUCCUUCCACCGAGACUCGGGGGUUUGCUAAGCUGCCCGGGAGGUGCCCUCAGCCAGCCCCCGCCCCGUGCCCACCAUGGGGGCAGCCAGCAUGAGCCCCGUGCUUGAGGGCAGCAGGGAACCUCUUCUUCCCUGCGAGGGCCGCGGUGGGGCCGCGGUGGGGCUGGCUGGGGGCAGCAUGAGCCCCGCUGCUCGGCGGGCAGGGGAGAAUCCCCUUCCUCUGUGAGGGGCCACGGCGGAGGCCUUACAAAGGGCUGUGGUGGGGGGCUCUGCCCACUGGGCCGGGCAGGUGCCGGGGUCCGGCUGCUGGAGGGACCCCGGGCGUGGAGGGGCUUUGCCCCAGAACCGCGGGGAUCUCGGGCACCGCGGGGCCGAGGGUGGAAGCCGCGGGUCCUCCCACCCUGCGGGGUUCGCCCUCCCUUGGCUGCUCCCCCUCGCCCCCGUCCCGCCGCCACCGCCCCCGCCCGCUGCUGGGCGCCGCUCCGGGGCCGGGGGCGGCGGAGCUGGGGCCCCGCGACGGCGGCGGCUGCUGCGGGUGUCCGUGCGACAAUAAACUGCGCUGAGCGA